UGAGAAAUCUGGGUGACGAUGGUGGCUUAAUUUCAGCCUUGGGUGUGCCUGGUCAAGCUCCAAGGCAGCGGGCGCGGAAUCGUCUCGGAUGCUGCCGGAUUCCACAAGCAGGGAAAGGAAAAGUGCCAAGGCUUUCCUGGAAAACCAGCCACUUCUUUAAAGGGGGACUUUGGAAAGAGUCACGAGGAUCCCCAGCGGAAUUGGCCUCCUUCAGCCCAGCACCACCCAGCUGACAUCGGCCGAGCCUCAGGCUGUGGCCCAACUUCUGGUGGGACUGGCGCAAGUGGGCACUUUGGAGCCCUGACCGUAUAUAUUCUGCCUGGUUGGCCUCAGCCUUGGCAGCCCCAGCUGGACUCGCAGCAGCCAUGGAGAUCCCGGCUGCCACUCGGACGGACUUGGGGGGCCCCUUCGGCAUCCUGCUGGCCAUGGCCGCCUCGUGCCUCCUCUUCCGCCACUUCGCAGCCAAGAAGAGGUUCGCCGGCCUCCCACCGGGCCCUCCCCCUCUCCCCUUCUUCGGCAACAUGCUCCAGGUGGACGUGAAGGAGCUGAUCCCCUCCCUCAGGGAACAAGACCUACGGGCCCCUGUACACCGUCCACCUGGGCUCCCGGCCCUGCGUGGUCCUCUCGGGCUACCAGGUGCUGAAGGAGGCCCUGAUCGACAAAGCCGAGGAGUUCAGUGGCCGGGGGGACUUUCCUGCUGUCCAGAUGUGGAGCAAAGGAAACGGCAUCGUGUACGGGACAGGGGAGCGCUGGAGGCAGCUGCGCAGGUUUGCCAUCGGGACCCUGAAGAAUUUCGGGAUGGGGAAGCGGUCCAUGGAGCAGCGGAUCAAGGAGGAGGCCCAGUUCCUGGUGUCCGAGUUCCGCAAAACCCAAGCUGCGCCGGCUCCAACAUCAUCUGCUCACUGGUCUUUGGAGAACGGUUCGAAUACACAGACGAGGCCUUCCUCACCUUGCUUGACUUGAUCAACAGCAACUGGAAGCUCAUGAGCUCCACCUGGGGACAGCUGCUCUUCGUCUUCCCAAACGUCAUGCGGUGUCUCCCAGGGCCCCACCAGAGAAUCUACGCCAACUACCUGAAGCUGGCAAAGUUUGUGGGCCAACGGCUGGAGAGGAACAGGCAGACCCUGGACCCCAACUGCCCCAGGGAUUUCAUCGACUGCUUCCUCAUCAAAAUCCAGCAGGAAAAGGGCAACGCCAGUUCUCACUUCACCGAGGAGACGAUGUCCAAGACCACCGUCAACCUCUUCUUCGCCGGCACCGAGACGGUCAGCUCCACCCUGCGCUAUGGGCUGCUCAUCCUCCUGAGGCACCCUGAGGUGGAAGAGAAGCUGCAUGAAGAGAUCGACCAAGUCAUUGGGGGCAACCGUGCCCCCUGCAUGGACGACCGGAGUCAGAUGCCCUACACGGACGCGGUCAUCCACGAGAUCCAGCGCUACGCCGACAUCGUCCCUAUGGGGGUGCCCCACACAGUCACAAGGGACAUCGAAUUCCGGGGAUACAGACUCCCCAAGGGCCUCAACGUCAUCCCCUUGCUCUGCACCUCCCAGUUUGACCCCACGCAGUUCAAGAACCCCCAGGCCUUCGACCCGACCCACUUCCUGGACGAGAGCGGGGGGUUCAGGAGGAGGGAGGCCUUCAUGGCUUUCUCAGCAGGCAAGCGGGUGUGCCUGGGCGAAGGCCUGGCCAACAUGGAGCUCUUCCUCUUCCUCACCACCAUCUUGCAGAACUUCCGGCUGAAAGCGCUGACGGACCCCUCAGCCAUCGACAUCUCCCCCGAGUCCACCGGCCUGGGCAGCAUCCCCCGGCCCUACCAGCUCUGCCUCCUCCCCCAAUGAAGGGCUGGCUCCCCUGGGGGGCCCAGCUGCUGUGGGCUGCUCACCUCCCAGGUGCCCCAGUUGCCCAACUGGCAGAGGGAGAGGCCGUUUUCAGGGAACCGGGAGGGGGGCUCUUAGAGGGGGGGGCUGGAGAGGUGGAGAAGCACAUCCAGGCGCCACACAGAAGAGACAGGCCGAUCUGCCCAGCGCCUGUGCCAGCCAGCCCGGAGGGGGGGGGGUUCCCUGCUUCUCACAGCCCCCGAAGUACAGCUGGUGGCUUUGAAAGGGACCCCCUCAGCCCCCGACCCACCAGAUGGAGAUUUAUUAGCCUGCUACUCCAUGGUGUGCCGGCUUCCCUAACCCCAAGUCUUGCUGUCUGGAAGUCAGGAGAGCUUGGAGAAAGGGAAGUUUUGGUCACGCCAAGGGUGAUUUGGGCAGCCAACCUGGAUUCCCAGCUCUGAUCCCGAAUGCAGAGGGGAGCCUCUUGUGCGUGCUUGCUCAGCCGUUUAUUUAGAAUGCUUGUAUCCCACUUCCCAACCCCCCAAGACCCUCCAAACAGUUCACAAAGGAUUCUGAAGGAGAAAAGCCAGCUGAAAUUGAUUAACAGAGCAGAAGAAUCUCUUUUAAAAAGCAAGAUUAUUCCAGGCCCCUUGACUGCCCUCAGCCCAUUUCUCCAAACCUCUCCCCCCAAAUCAGGUCAAGGACAGGAGCCAAAGGGGUGGGGGGGGGGAUGUCCCCCUUUCUCUCCAAGGUUCUGAAAACGGCCGUGUGUUAAGAUAAAAACCUGCCCCUGGGCCUUCACUGACUUGGAAGUCACCUCGGGUAACAUUUGGCAGUGUGCAAUUCAAAAUUUGCAUCAUAACGUUACUUAUUUCUGGUUGUCCCUUUGGGCCUCCCCCGCGGGGCCUGAGAAAAGCCCCCUCCGAAGACGCCCCGAGGGCUCCCAAGGGCCGCUUGAGGGAGGGAGGGGGGGGCGGAUUAAGACACCGGCAAAGGCGUCCCGGCCUUGGCUUACGGGACUCGGGGGAGGCGUUGACUCGGCCGGUUCUCUUCUUCCUCUUCGCCUUCUGGGCCCCUUGGAAGCGUCUCAGGUGCAAAAGGAGCCCCGGCCGAAGCUUCCGCGGGGGGAAGGUCAAGGCGCCAAACGGGGCUUUGGGGCUGGCAGCUCCCCGAUUCCGCAGCCUGCAAGCCGAUGCCUAGGAU